AAGCGGAUCCGGUCGUCGAUACGGAUCCGGAAGUUCUCUACGUAUCCAGCAAGAAGAACAUCGUGCUGUUCGGCGAUACGAUACACAUCCAGUGCAUAUUCGCUGGAAGGCCGACGCCAGACAUCACGUGGAGGCGGGUGAACAGCACCAUGCCACCCACGGCCAUCUUCCUUAACGAUAACUACGAGCUAGUCAUCCCGAACGCCACCUUCCGGCAUUCGGGGAAGUACGAGUGCAUAGCGACGAACUCUGUUGGCACGAAGUCGUACCGGACGAGGAUAGUCGUACAAUCAAAGCCGUACUUUAUUGAACCGUGGGUUCCAUUCAUCGAGGGACUCAAGUUCGGCACCUACCAGUUAGAAUGCCCCGUCGCUGGAGUGCCCCCCGUCUCCAUUCUCUGGUACAGAAAUGGCGUCCCUUUCUACCCGAAACCAGAUUCGGAUCCGUUCCAUCUCAUCCGAGGAAAGUUCGGUGAUCGGCUGGUGUUUGAGAAGGCCGUACCAGAGAUGACGGGUGUCUACCAAUGCAACGCCUCCAACAUCCACGGCAACAUCUUUGCCAACGCCUUCGUGAAUAUAGCCGAUUGCCCGAUCUGUCCUCAGAGGCCCUUCCCGAUAUGCGGGAGCGACGGCAACACCUACAAGAACAGCUGUUUCAUGAGGAUGAAGAAUUGCAUCGAAGACACGGACAUCCAGCCCGUGCUGUGCGGUCCCUGCAUCAACACAACCUCGGGUGACGCAGAAGGACCGCCCAGCGCACCGUCUGACACGCACCUGCAGUCGUGCUCGUACGGCAAGCGCGGCAAGGAGGAGCUGAGUGACUCGAUCGCCGAGGUGAUGUGGCAGCAGUCCAACGGCUACUGCGUGCCCAUCCUCAACUACAUCGUGGAAGUGAAGAACACGACGUCCAACGCUAGCGCCGCCUGGGAGAUACUCUACGAUAACAUACCCGGUGACAUAUUGAGAGUAACCGCCAAACUGCCACCUGUCGGCAACUAUCGACUGCGCGUGCGCGCCAUCACCGAGAUAGGAGUGAGCAAACCUAGCCGGGAGACUUCCGAGUGUCCCGGAAGAGGCGGAGGUCAGAGUAUCGACAUCAGUGACGCCAACAGGAACACGGAUGACUCUGCGCCCGGUAGCGGUGUGUCCCGUACGAUGACGUGUGGCGCCAUCGCGUGGCCACUUUUGUUCGCAAUUCUCCGACAUUUUUGGUGAUGACGAACGGACGGACGGACGCAUUCUUCGCCAACCUCUGACCUCUGACGUCACUGAGAUGCCGACAGUCGAUGUGCCCGAUUUCGUUGUCGGGAAACGUAGGAGAUUACAUCAUUCGUGCGAUUCCGAGAGAGAUAUGCAAUUAGCGGAGAGGUCGAAUGCCGGAGGUACGAAGAAGCGUAGAUCACUAAAAUUCAUUCGCUAAUGAUAAAUACAUAGAUUGUAUCAUAUUUAUCCCUUUUAUAAACUGUUUCAGUGUAUGCGUAAGCGAAACGAAACUAUUCUGAAGUUGGUGAAAUACAACUCCCGCACCCGUGUAGCAUGGUAUAUACAUUCCCCGCCCAUGGUAAAAGUCCCCCCUCUACAUUGCGCAUGAUUGGUAGGACGCGGCAUAACUAACACUCGGAUUUGACCUCAGCUACGCACGGACCCUGUAGAUAGGGGGGGACGUGUGUCAUGAAGGGUGGUUGAAUAUCACGCUACGAGGGCUGUCGGGUCUCGGGCAUGCGCUGUUGUCGAAUAGACGGUGACUCAGCAAAA